AGAAGACAAAAAAUCAAACAUGCUUGAGCCAGAUCAUGGCAGAUGGCUAGGAAGUACGAAAUCGAAGGGGCAAAGAAGCAGAGUUGAAGGCUUGAGAGGCUCGAGGCUGCAUCCCCCCAAGUGGCAGGUUCGGGGCCUGUUCAUGUUUUCAAAUAAUCGUUUUGGAAUCGUCUGACGGGCAACAGCCAAAAGCUGCCCUCCUCGCUCGAACAUGUUGGCAAGAACGUGUGAGUUGGAGUGAGUCAGUUACUUCUGACGACGAUGGAUGCCAAAAAGCAAGUCGCUCAGGUGAUCUUGGUGAAGCUGAAGAAAGGGGUGUGGAGCGAACAAGACACGUAUGAAGUGCGUGUGCUGGCCGAUAAGGCACAGAAAGCAUUUCAAGACGACGCUGCAUCUAGUAAAAUUGCCUUCAACGCAUAUUACACUGCUGCAAGCCACGUUCUCAACGAAAAAGUUUUCUGUGAUGCCAAUGAAGCUGCCACAGCGUUAAUUAUUUAUGGAGUGGCUUUUCGCUUUCUCCUGAGCACAGUGAAAGCAGCUGCUGCUUUGGCCAAAGCUGGAUCUCUCCUAGAGGAGUCGAGAGAGAAAUUCAGUAACGAUGAGGAUGCUGUCGUCAAAUUCGUAAUCAAUCUGCUCUGCAGUGCAUUGACUCAGAAAGAGCUACGUGACCGGCAGUCGGCUGCACCCUAUCAAGCGUUGCUGCUGCUGGAGAGAAGCGAGGAGACGGUGUGCGGUAAUCGCGACGAAGCGUCUCGUUUGCACAAGGUUGGCCAGAUCGCACGCAACGUAGCCAUCGUGCUGCAUGACCAGGGCCAUGCUCAGCUGGCUGCGCGGGCGCUGCACAUGACGUGCAAGCUCUACCUGCUCUGGUGCCAGGUGGACAACUUCGACAAACGCCUCAGUGAGUGCGAGUUGGCCAAGAAUUUCUUGCUACUUGCCUCGUAUCAAGUCGGCAAGAACAGAGAUAUCAACGGCGGUCUGCAGUCCUUACUCUGGGUUAUCGUGCUAUCACCUGCUGACGAUUUGCAACCUCAGGUCUCUGAUGCUGUCGCUGGCCGUAUCAAACAAUGGUGCAUUCAAAAACGCACUGCCGUCGAGAGCAACGUGAAAGAGGCGCAGGGGGCAUCAUUCACCAAUCAGCUGCAGGCGUGCCUGAACCUCUGUCCCGAGCGUGCUUCUGCCGACAUUCAGAAGGCCAUCCUAUCUUGUUAUGUCUCGAUUUUGAUGCGCCAUGCAUUUGGUGACCUGGAAGAGCGCAUGCUAGCUGUUGAUGCCUGGUAUAACCUACUCAACAGAGAUGAUCAUGUGGGCCAGUGUGAUGUGCUGCUGCAGAAACUUGUUGUCCUGCAAAUGACUAACGGCGCUUGUUUGCAAGAUUACCUUGCAGUAUGCGAUGCUGGUGUUGCACAUUUCUCAUCCGUGACCAGUGGCCAGUGGAUUGCAGCCAUCUUUCAGAUGAUCCGCAGUGUUCUCAUGUUUGAAGUCUCCUCAUCUGAAAGUUCCACGCCGUCCGAUGCACGAUCGUUGAUACCUGAAGUUCUAUCUGCUAUCCGCCAGGCCAUGGUCUUUUGGCACAAACUGCUUCAAGUUAGCACCUGCUCUAAAAAGAAGAAGGAGCCAUUACCAUCUCUAGAAGUGCGCAGUCAUCAGACAUUCAAGGCUAUGUCCUGGGCUGUUCACUUGCUGCGUUUGUUUGGCCAGCCACUGGAGGAGAUAGCAAUGUGCAGAUUGCUAGCAAAGUUUGUUGGGAAUGCAGUGCGGCAUCCAGAUAGCGUGUUCUUUGUCGCCGGUGCCGUGGACAUUAUCACCACAACGUGCAUAUCGCUGGCAUCCCACGGAGCUGUCCAGCAUUCCGCUUGCCUGCUUCAGGAGUCCGAGCGGUUGUGCACAACGGCGAAGCUUGCGCACGGCCAUCACUCCGACAGUGUCACCCUGUACUUGGACUUGGCUCGCGCUGCCGUAUCUGCCCAGUCUGGCCAGAUUGAGGAGUGCCUGGAGUUACUGACAUCUGCGGCUGGCAAGUCUACUCAAUCCGCAGCUUGCAACAGCUACAUAUUUGCAAUUGCAGCGCAGGUCUCCAAACUAGACCCCUGCUCCUGGCAUGAUGUCUUCCAUUCUUCAAGAGAUGGUAUUGCCGAUGUAGCUGUGUCCACUGCUCCUCAACUGGUUCUGUGGUCUUUUCACUGCUGCCGCUCACGCCUGAAGCGUGUAUCUGGCAGCAGCUCGGCCAAGAUUGUCACCAACUUUGUGUCCAAAUGCAAAGAGGAAGCGCCUUCAUCCGACUGCCAUUCCUCAUCAGAUGAUGACUUGGAGGACAUGGCACCCACUCAGCCUGACAGCCACAGCACUCAAUCUCACUCGUGUCUAUUCAAUGCUGUAUAUCAGUACUUGGACUGUUGUCGCCUCGGUGCUCGUGUUUACCUCUAUGCUGGAUGCCGUGCAGAGGCAUGCUCCUUUAUAAACCAAGGCAUCAGCCUAGCACAGCAACAUCGACUUGCACACUGGGAGACACGGUUUGCGUUACUUCAGAUGGAAUGUGAUGCACAUGGCUCUGGCACAUCUCGGUCCAGCACUGACCUACAGGAAUGCCAGUGUGACUGUAUCACGGCUAGCAUGGACGCUAUGUCUAUAGGUCAUACACAGGCACCGAGGCUGCCAUGCUGUGAUCAGCAGCAUACAGACGAAUGCUUACUGUCGUGUUCGAAUUGCGUCUGUGAUGAAGCGCGUUUGCUUGCUGCGGAGCACCAGACUCGUGUUCGCGGCAAGUAUAGUGAUUCCCUGGACACACCUAGGCAGUCUGGGUCGUGGUGGGAAAGUCGUCGCUGUGCUCUCAUUGCCCGACAUCAUCUCAACUCUGGCCAGGUGGUGCAGGCAAAGGAACAGUGCAAACGCGGCCUGACGAAUCUCGGCCUCUGGCCACUGUCUAGCACUGCUGGCAAGGACGCGCUGUUGACACAGGCCCAGAGAGGAUGUGUGGCAGAGCUGCUGUACACGUUUGCAAUGUGCCUAUCCUGCGGCGCUGAGUGUCAACGCUACAUUGCCGAGUCAUGGCUUCACGUUUCGGACACGGCACAGCCCGGUCUGGACUGCGCCUCACCCUCCGAACACACACCGGUGGCAAGCAAACGCUCUUCAAAACGGGCAUCCGCUACCUCUACCGCCAGCAGCAGCAAAUCAAAGAAGGCAUCAGCGGGAACUACCGGGAAACGGCGCACUGCCAAGUCAGCCGUCAGCAUGGCCACAUCGGCCAUGGCAUCUGCUGCUAGUAGUGCUGUGCAGAUACCGACACUGACUAUUCCUGAUGAUGUCGUUUUGUGUCAAGCGUGUCUGGAGAGAGCACACCAGAUCGCAAGCCAAGCAGCGGUUGCUCCCGUUUGGCUAAUGCGGGAUAUCUGUUUGGCGCUUGGUAAUCUGCUUGGCUGGCGGAACCUCCAAGCAAGUGUCAACUACUUCCAAGCAGCACACGCUAUUUCACUCCGCUACCAGCUCUGCCAUCAUAUUGCUCUUCAAAGCAAAUCUUCGGAAAGCACUUCCAUAAGCGUGGUGGAGGUACUGCGCUCCCUUCAACAGCAGCAUGGCAAAGUGCCCAGUCUUCUCCAGCAUGCCUCAGCAACACUACCACCUGAUUGGACUGUAUCGAGCUUAAACUUGUUACAAACCCCAGGUCAAACACAAUCACAUCUUGUUGUAGCACGUGUUCGGCCUCAGCAUGUUGCCCUCGUUCGUCUCCCAGUGUCGGUGGAUGCUCUAGUUGACGAUGACGCUGACGAUGAGAGUAGCAGCAAUGGCACCAGGUCUGUUGAUCACUCACAAGAAGUAUUUGAUGAGCUGGGAACAAUCAUGGACGAAGCAGCCACGAGCCUGACCAUCAAGAACAAGACCAAAUUCUGGGCAAAGCGCAAGUCCUUGGAUGGACGACUGGCUUCGCUUGUGGAGAACCUGGAAUCUAAAUUCCUGGGUGCCUGGAGCAUUCUACUGUCCGGUCAGUCCAGUGUUCAGCACGACCCCGCACUGUGGAAACCAGCCGUCAUGGCAUGUGUUGAUGUACUCUGCAAGUACAGCACGAUCACCAGCACACUGUGCGCAACCAAUCAGACGUAUCUUGCCGAGAUAUUCGUUGAGCUGUGUCUCUCACAGUGGGAUGAUCGUACUGCCUUUGCUGUAGCCCUUGCUCGACUACUUGGCCUUGAUGCUGGCUCAGCAGUUUUGAAGAAGAUCGUGACAAGUGUUCGUCAGGCAUGCAUGGCUUUAGAACAGCUGCCGGAGGAUAGUGCAGUGAUACAUCCAGUCGUACUCCUUGCAGACAAGACUCUGCAAUGUUUACCCUGGGAGAGUAUGAUGUGCAUGCAGGAGCAAACGAUAUCGCGCAUGCCAUCGUUGUCAUUGCUUCUGACACAUCUGUCGCAACAGAGGAAAUCAACACUGCCAAUGCAGAGGUUCUUGAGCGAUGGCAUCAACAGCAAUGAUGCAUUCUAUAUUCUCAAUCCGGAAAAGAACCUUCCUGAUACGCAGCAGAUGUUCCAAGACUGGUUCAGCGAACAUGAGAGCUGGAAAGGCGUUGUCGGCUGCGCUCCAUCUGUUGACCAAUUCUCGCAGGGCCUCUCAGAAAUGGAGCUGUUCAUAUACUGUGGUCACGGUACUGGUAGUGCUUUUCUCGGUCGUAAGAAAGUGGAGAAGCUGCAGUGCAAAGCAGUCACCUUGCUGAUGGGCUGUAGCAGUGGGAAACUAUGGGUUGAUGGUGACAUGGACGAGCAGGGUACUGUACUCAGCUAUCUACUUGCUGGAUGUCCUGCCAUCGUGGCCAUGCUGUGGGAUGUCACUGACAGAGACCUGGACCGGUUCACCGACUCGCUGCUGCGCAACUGGCUCGGCAGUCGCCGCCAGCUCGUGCAGUACGUCAACAGUGCACGCGACGAGUGCCGCUUGCCAUACCUGACAGGUGCUGCUCCCAUUGUGUACGGCUUGCCAGUCAAGUGCAGCUGAAGCCAAGUACAAGUCGGUUACCCCUCACACACAUACAUUGUCACUACGGAGUCCUAACGGUCUGAUAAAACGACUGACUUUUCUCAGUUCUUUAAGUAUCAAAGAUUUUAUAUAUUCUAAUACUGAACCUCGGGACUGCACACUGCAUUGCUCGCGCUAUCCUUAUCAUCUCAUCAUCUCAGAAGCCUACGUAGAUAGAAAAAUACCGGCUGUUUGCUGCACAUUGCUAACAUGUUUUGCUGUUUUGUUUGUCUCUGUGCAGUCUUCCUCUCUCAGCUCAUGCUUGAAAACUCUUUCGUUAGUAAUUACGCCUCUUUCCUGCUGUUACACAUUUGCAUUUUGAAAAGCGUGGACAUGAUCUAAUUCUUUUGUCCUUGCAGAAAGUAUAGUGCUGUUUCAUGUGAGUGUUGUUCCGCAGUUGACCCAGCCAAUGGCAGCAUAAGAAUGUUUGCCUGUAUAUUUUCACUCUUCGCCCAUA